AUGCGUUUCGCACAUAUUGCUUCCUUGGCGGUCCUCAUCGCCAGCGCGACUGCUAGCGUCAAGCGGCAAGUUGGCGAGAACGGCCGGGGGGGAUCACGCCAUCCAGAAGAUCCAACUACAACAGAUGUCUGGACCGUCCCUACAACCACUUAUCCAAGUGACCAUACAGAAAACAGGCCAACUCGCUUCUCAUUUUCAUUUACAUUUCCAAGUUUUACCAUUGUUUUUCCAACUGGUCGUCCGACGACCACAUAUCCGACCUCAUAUCCGACCACAUACCCGACCACAUACCCGACCACAUACCCGACCACAUAUCCGACCACGUACCCGACCACGUACCCGACUACGUACCCGACCACGUAUCCGACCACAUACCCGACCACGUACCCGACCACGUACCCGACCAUGCAUACAAGUACCACUACGUAUCCAAUUGGAUCUGGACAUCUGGCCAAGCAUUCAACUGGAUCUGGACAUCCAACCAAGUAUCCAACUGGAUCUGGACACCCAACCAAGUAUCCAACUGGACAUCCAGCCAAGCAUCCAACUGGAUCUGGACAUCCGGCCAAGCAUUCAACUGAAUCUGGACAUCAAACCAGGUACCCAACUGGAUCUGGACACCCAACCAAGUAUCCAACUGGAUCUGGACAUCAAGCCAGGUACCCAACUGGAUCUGGACACCCAACCAAGUACCCAACUGGAUCUGGACAUCCGGCCAAGCAUUCAACUGAAUCUGGACAUCAAACCAGGUACCCAACUGGAUCUGGACAUCCGGCCAAGCAUUCAACUGGAUCAGGACACCCAACCAAGUAUCCAACUGGAUCUGGACACCCAACCAAGUAUCCAACUGGAUCUGGACACCCAACCAAGUAUCCAACUGGACAUCCAGCCAAGCAUCCAACUGGAUCUGGACAUCCGGCCAAGCAUUCAACUGAAUCUGGACAUCAAACCAGGUACCCAACUGGAUCUGGACACCCAACCAAGUAUCCAACUGGAUCUGGACAUCCAACCAAGUACCCAACUGGAUCUGGACAUCCGGCCAAGCAUUCAACUGAAUCUGGACAUCCAACCAAGCAUUCAACUGAAUCUGGACAUCCAACCAAGUACCCAACUGGAUCUGGACAUCCGGCCAAGCAUUCAACUGAAUCUGGACAUCAAACCAGGUACCCAACUGGAUCUGGACAUCAAGCCAAGCAUUCAACUGAAUCUGGACAUCCGGCCAAGCAUUCAACUGAAUCUGGACAUCCAACCAAGCAUUCAACUGAAUCUGGACAUCCAACCAAGCAUCCAUCUGGACAUCCGGAGCCUACAACACAUCAUCCAGCAUCCCACCCUACCACUCAUUUCCCAACUGGACAACAAACCACGUCGUACCCACUCACCACCACUACUGUUACAGUCAUCACCACUUACUGCCCGGAUCCUACCACUGUUACCUUUGGCACGACCACCUAUACAGUUACGAAGCCCACCACGUUGACCGUUACCAGUACAGUUACCGCUACGAUUUCAGUCACCACCACUUACUGCCCGGAUCCUACCACUGUUACCUUUGGCACGACCACCUAUACAGUUACGAAGCCCACCACGUUGACCAUUACCACUUACGUUACCAAGCCGUGCUCAAGAUGCUCUACAAUAACCCAUUCCUAUCCCUCACAUCCUCACAAAGCCUCCCCUUCAACUCUAGUCCCAACUUCCUCGAGCGGUCCCAAGACCUCAACUUAUCCAACGAAGCCCUAUACCACCAGCCCAGCUGACCCUGGUGCCAAAUCCACCAGCUACCCCCCAGCUGACCCUGGUGCCAAAUCCACCAGCUACCCCCCAGCUCACCCUGGUGCCAAAUCCACCAGCUAUCCCCCAGCUGACCCUGGUGCCAAAUCCACCAGCUACCCCCCAGCUCACCCUGGUGCCAAAUCCACCAGCUACCCCCCAGCUGACCCUGGUGCCAAAUCCACCAGCUACCCCCCAGCUGACCCUGGUGCCAAAUCCACCAGCUCCCCCCCAGCUGACCCUGGUGCCAGCCCUACCGGCAACCCCGCCGGCCCAACCCCAUCUGUCCUUCCGUUCACAGGUGCUGCUUCACGGGCUGUUGCUGGUGCUGGUGUUGGUCUUGCUGGCUUGAUGGCAUUGGCCGCUUAUCUUUUGUAA